AGGUACUACUUUGCGGAAGGUAUGCUCUUCACUUGUCGGGAGACCUUCUUCAGAACGGCAGGGUUUGCAAGAAGGGUUUGUCUAGAUCGUCAGAAGAACGAUGGCCUCACUUGGUGCGCGAAGCAGGUCCAAAUUUCCAGCCUGAUCCGCUAAUCAGGCGGAUCAGGCUGAAGAUAGUUCCUCCCUGCCCUCGUCUACGACCAAAAGCGAUUUAUCUUCACAGGACGUAAUGCGUGGCUUGGUGAAAUUCUGAUCGACAAGUCUAAGAAUAUGGCGAAGGUACAACUGAUAGGCAACGCGGAUGCUGCCGAGUUCUGUCCCUGUGAGCCGUAUCAGCACAUACUGGCGGCGGCCUCGUACACUCUGCAGGAAGGGGAAGAACCAGUUCGCCUCGGAGAACUGUAUCUCUACUCAGCUGAGAAGACAGCGGAAGGUGGAUCAUCCGAUUUGAGCUUGACCCAGAUUUUCCACACAGAAACGUCGGGAGUUUUCGACAUUUGCUGGCGGCCAUGGAGCGAUGGCAGCAGCAGGCCCUGUUUGGCACAAGCGAGUGCAGAUGGCACGCUGCGUCUGCACGAAUUGCAAGACGACCCCACAUCUUCUGCAGCGGAGCUUCAUGAGACCUCCAGAGCCGAUGUUUCCUCCUCCAUGUGCCUCUUCGUGGACUGGGCUCCCAACUCUUGCGAGCCCCAGCUCGCCGUGAGCCACUCCGAUGGAUCGUUGUCUGUCAUCGACGUCGGCCAGGCGGAUCCCCAAGUGAUAUCCUCGUGGGCUGCGCACGGUUUCGAGGCCUGGAUCGUGUCCUACGAUACAUGGAAGCCUCAAAUCGUUCACAGCGGGGGCGACGAUUCCCAAUUCUGUUGCUGGGAUUUGCGAGACACUCAGAGGCCAGCUUUUCGAGACAGGAAGACGCACCAGAUGGGCGUUUGCAGCAUCCAGAGCAGCCCUCUGCGCGAAAACAUUUUGGUCACCGGGAGCUACGACGAGCACGUUCGUCUGUGGGAUCUGCGCAUGCUUCACAAGCCCGUCGUGCAGGCCGAACUCGGGCUCGGCGGAGGCGUUUGGAGGCUGAAAUGGCACCAUUCCGACAGCCAGCUGCUUCUGGCCGCCUGUAUGCACAAUGGGUUCGCAGUCGCUCGAGUCGGGGACGACGAGAUCGAGGUUCUGGAACGGUACGAGGAGCAUAACUCGCUCGCUUAUGGGGGAAGUUGGUACGCGGGUGACUGGGAGCAGAGGGAAAGUGGGGCAGUUCAGACUGGGGCAAAUGCUCCUCACGAAUUGGAAGCCCCAGCUCAAAAGAAUGCGUUACCUUUCGUGACUCAGUCGGGUAGCAAGAGUGAGUUGAGUCCGGGCUCCCGAUGCCUUGUUGCAACAUGUUCUUUUUAUGACAAAGCUCUGCAUAUCUGGGAGCCGAAGACUUUAGCUGUCAGAAGAACACUUUAGCCUGUAGUCGAUUUAACUUUCAGACGCAUCAACGUGCAAUUUUGACGUUCAAUUUCGGCUCGGGCGCGUGGGCUGGACACGAGGAGAAGAAUCUCACCGAGGGCUUUGUCUUAAGAUUCAUAACCUCGAACGCCUCAAGUGAGAAUUCGUCCCCUCGAAGGAAGAAUAGUGUGACUAGAAGCGUGUACACACAUCGAGAAAUCUGAUUCCCGAUGAGCAAAUUACUGUCCACCACGAUAUAUCUCUUC